AUGAGCUGGGCCCGGUCGAGGGCUGCACCUGCCGGCUGCCCAUCACCCCGGGCCUCCCGGCGUGACCUCGGCCUCCUCGUGUGUCCGGACCCCGCGGUGCGGCGCUGCUCCUGAGAGGGACCAGCGGAGGCCUCCUCCGCCCCGAGUCUUUGCUCGGGGGCCGCGCGGGGACAGCGCCCGGCCCCCUCCCCUCCGCUGUCCGCUGUCCUCAAUGUCUCCCCGGCGGGGAGGGGGCUGCCUGGGAGACACGCAGAGCGGCCCCCUCACGGAGGCCCGUCGGCGGUGGCAGCAGCAGCGCCUAGCCAGGCGCCCCGCAUCCUCCCCCGGCGGCGGCGGCCUGGAGGAGCCGCGCACCCGCCGCCGCCCCCCAAGCCUCGCAGCCUCAGCUGCCGACGCCGCCGCCGCCAGGCGCCCGAGGAGAGGGCGGCGGGCGCCCCCCGGGGAAGAUGAAGGCGGAGGGGGGCGAUCACUCCAUGAUCAACUUGUCGGUGCAGCAGGUCCUGAGCCUCUGGGCCCACGGGACGGUGCUGAGGAACCUCACGGAGAUGUGGUACUGGAUCUUCCUCUGGGCUCUCUUCUCCUCCCUGUUUGUCCACGGUGCUGCGGGCGUGCUGAUGUUUGUGAUGCUGCAGCGGCAUAGGCAGGGAAGAGUCAUCUCUGUCAUCGCAGUCAGCAUCGGGUUUCUGGCUUCUGUAACCGGAGCCAUGAUUACCAGUGCAGCAGUAGCGGGCAUUUACAGAGUCGCAGGGAAGAACAUGGCCCCUUUGGAAGCGCUGGUAUGGGGCGUUGGGCAGACUGUACUGACAAUAAUCAUCUCCUUCUCAAGGAUCCUCGCUACACUUUGAGGUUUCUGUGGGAAUGUCUUACUUCACCUAAGGAAACAGAUGUACAGAUUCCCUGAAAAUGGCAUGGUUAACAAGUAGAAAUGAAAUUGUGCAAGAAUGCGGACCGAGCGGGUCAAAACUGAGGAAGACCUUGAGCUGUGUGGAAAGAUUGCCCUCUGGUGUUCAAGUGAUUGCACUACCGCACUGCACCUUACGUGCCUCUGUCCCAGGCAAGGUGCACUUGGACUCUAUGUGAAGCUACAAGAAAAAGCACCUUGUUUAGCUGCCUAUCAGGUUAACAUUGGUGUUGAAAUCAUCGUUCUUAACCGUGUUGUGUUAAGUUACAGGGACAUUUUGAGGGAUUGAUAUAUGUGCCAAACUCUUUUCUUUUUGUUGACAUUGAUCAUGUGACAAUUUGCAAGUGUAGAUGUAGGUGAGUGCUGUGAACAUCUUUGACAUGAAUUCAGAUGAUGUAGUAAGACUUUUGUUUUGUAACACUAAAUCCCCUAAGAGUGCUAAAUAUUGAAUUGUUUACUAUGAGAGAAAUUCUUUGAUUUUUAAUGUUGAGUGUUUUGGGAUUUAGGGCUUUAAAAUGUUUAGGCAUUAUUAUUUAAUUUAUAUGGAAAAUAAUCGUCUUCUUCGUGGAAGACUAAACUGUUUUAAGGACUCAAAGUAGAUCUAUAAGGGUGCGUACUUUCCACUAACUUAAAUAACACCCUUUUAAGAGUUUCCCUCAUGCAUAAAUGUUCUAUUUAUAUUGAAUUCAAAAACUAUGGGUCACACACAUUGAUUGUAGUUUGUGUGUCAUGAAAAUGUAAUUUGAAAAUUUUCCUAUCAAUUUUGUAAGAAAAAGGUCUGAAAUGCAUGUUACAUUCUUUGGCCCUUCUAAAGAGAGUUUUGGCCUUGUAUCUCAUGGAGAAAACAUCUUUUUAACUAGUAUCUCGGUGGGAUUAUAUUACUUGUUGCAUUAUCUUGAUUUUUGACAAAACAUAAACAAGUCUUUCAUUCUGGAGUAUUAACUAUUUUUAGUGAGUGGCCUAAAUUAGGCUCUGGAAAUAAAAAGCCUAACUUCUAGAUAAGUAAUAAGCAAGUUACAUAGGAAGAGUAAUAAAUAAUGUUACUUUGGAUAUGUGGCAACAUCAUAAUUUUGCUAAGUAAAAAUUGGGGACUAUAACAAAUAAAUUUAAAAUUUGACAUUUACUCUCAGCAUAUCAAUAUAGUACUGAACAUGUAUUUGAAUGAUUUAUUUCAGUUGUUUGGUACUUGAUUUAUACAUAUUAAAUUUAUUCAGGUUUAUAAGUUAUGAUUUAGGUUUACUAGAAGAAUCUAUGGUGGCAUUUGUUAAAAAUGGAUAUGUCUUUUGCAUAAAAAAUUUUGAGAGGUUCUGGCAAUAUAGUUGUAAGAGUGCAGGAAAUAUAGGGGUAACACAGAUCCUGGCUGAACUGAUCCCCUAAUAAGAUUUUUUUUUUGUUACCAGGUGCAAUUAUUAAGUAUGCUGUCUCAUAAUAAAUACAAAUUGAGGAAGACCUCAAUUAUAAAUAUACUGUCUCAAAUGAAGAGCUAGAAUAGAGAAUAUAAAGUUUGGGACAAUCCCCCACAAUAAUCUGGCAUGCUAGCCUCAAUGUUUAACUUUACUUGGUAUAACAGUGAGUUUCUGCUAGGUGUUAUCCAAAUUUAAAUCUUUGUUACCCAUGCUAUUUCUCUGCCAAAAGGUUACCAAUGAGGAGAUGGGGAGAGGUACUUUUACCAGUAUGGAAGCCAAUUUGGGGGGGAUUUACUGAAAUUAUGGCUUGGAAAUUUUUCUCUUAAAAAAAUAUUCCUAUGAGCAAACUUAUGUGUGGAUCUUCAAAGUAAAUCUUAAAAUUGAUUCUUUUUAUUAUGCUGGAAAUUCUUUUCAUGUGUUAUUUAUAUUCCAUAUGUUUUCACAAAUUAAAU